AUGUCACGAAGGCAUGCGGCCGGUGUGGCGGACCGCUAUGCCCUUUUGAACCCAUCAGGAGGUGGAGCUGGACCGAGCGCAUCCUAUCCGUCCUCAUUGCGCUCUUCAUCACCUUUCGAGCAGCCGUAUGGCGGCAGCAAUGCGUCAUCCUCAGCAGCGGGGCCGUCGCGAUACUAUGCUGGCGGCGGGGCAAGCUAUCCCGGCAGCGCUGCACACUCCGGGAGAGGGACACCAGAUUAUUCUGAAUACGGCGCCCCGAAGAAAGAAAACGGAUUGCCAGCGGGUCCAGGACUGAUGAGUGGAGCGCUAGGAGGCGGCAGCUGGGGGUCAUACGCGCAGCAGCGCACAGCAGAAGAUCUCGAGGAGGGCAAUGACAUCCGUGUGGAAGGCCUGAGUGCCAAAGUGAAGAUGCUCAAAGAUAUUACCAUUGGCAUCGGAAAUGAAGUACGCGACGGCAAUGCUGACUUGUCUACGCUGAGCGAUGCUUUUGAGACCACAACCGCCUUUCUGGGCAAUACUUUCCACCGCAUGAACAGAAUGGCAACACGGCAGGGUGGCUGGUGGUGCAACAUGAUGAUAUUUCUCAUAGUUGUCAUUUGGAUUUUCGUCCUGUUAUGGUUCUGGCGGCGAUAG